GUUUUUUUUUGUCACUCAUCUCGUGACCCUUCGCCCAGCACGGUCACCGUCAACCAUAGCCACCGUGCUCUCCUCGCCAGAACCACAGAUCUGCGCAUGAAGUGUAGAAGAAGACACACCUUCCUCCUUCCACCGACGUCAACGUUCAGCCGUAGACGCAAUCGAGGCUGAAAUUCGAGCGAAUCAGGACUAGUAGUUCGAGCUAGCUGACUGUCUUACAUCAAUAUUUAUGCUCCUCGGAAAGUCUGAGGAUGAAACUAUAUGUAGAAUAGCUACUCGUACAAAUCCUGCAAUGGAUGAAUCAAACCAGGAGCUUAUGAUAGCUCAGAGUGGGAUUAGUCUUUUAGCAAUGGCAGCAGUUGAAGAAGAGGAUCCUCAGAUUCCAAGUGUGGUAGAUGGUGCAUUUGCAAAUCUAUGUGGCAAUGGAAAGACGGAUAGUGACCUCACGUGUUCCCCCAGCAGAACACAACCAUCCAGUUGCUCGACCUUGACAUAUAAAACUAAUGGUAUGUUCAAGAGAAUGGUCGAUAAAUCAUUGGUUUACAAGGACUUAAGCAAUAGGAAACUUAACACCUUUACUAGACUUUAUGAUUCAAUCCAACUUGUCAAGUCUAAAUUAGAUCCUGAUCAGAUUGUUCUAUUUAAGAAUUCAGUGUUUGGGCCAUUUCUAGAUGCCAAGGAAAUGAAUUGUUGUGGGCAACUUUUACAUUUCUUGCUAGGGAACCUUGUUGAGAUGGAAAAUUGUGAGGAUGCAUCGCACAUGUAUUUUGAAAUUGAGGAUAGGGUUGUAUCAUUUUCAGUUUCCGAUUUCACACUGAUUCUAGGUUUCAAUUACCAUGAUGACGUCCCUACCGGUCAACAUAUUGUAUCUGAGAGGGGUAAUAUAUGGCAGAAAUACUUUCCUGAUUGUAAAACUAAGGUUAUGAGGAGAGAUAUUAAGAAAGUAUUUCAAGCUAUUGAGAAGGGUAGAGAACAUAAUGAUGAUAUAAUUAAAUUGUCAUUACUGUUUGUGCUAUCCCAUUCAUUCCUGUCUGCUGAAGGGGGCGUUUCUUUGAACAAUGCCUAUAUUAACCUUGUGGAUGAUCUCGAUGGAUUUAAUGCUUACCCGUGGGGAAGAGCCAUUUGGAAGGACAUGGUUAGUUACUUUAAGGCUGGGGUUAAUAGCAUGCAGUCCAAUGAAUCCCAUUACAAUGUCUAUGGUUGUGUUAUGGCCCUACAAGUUUGGGCUUUUGAGACAUUUCCAGUUCUCAAAGAGUUGGACAUCGCGCGGAUGGUAGACCCCUAUGCAUUCCCAAGGAUUUUAAGAUGGUCUUCAUCAGCGAGGCCAAGUAGUGCAACUUUGAAGAAAAGUAUUUUCAGUAAUAAAAAUUUUCUUUUCAGAAACAUUGAACCUUCAAGUAGUGAUCUUCAGCAUGAGAAUGUUCUUCAAGCAUGCCAACUGACCAAAUUUAAAGCUUCUAUUUCCGGCGAAGCACCUCCGCGGUAUUUGAAAACCACAGUUUCAGCUUUUGCUACAAGGAAGAAAUCUAGAGCAAGGACAACAGCUCUAACAAUUAUGGGGAAUGAUGAAUCAACCCGUGGUGGUGACGUUCCAAACACUGCCAGCCAGCAGUCCAGUGAAGUCACACAUGUAGAAUUGGAUGCUAAGGUUUCUUCUCUUGAAAAAGAAUUGAAAAAAGUCAUGAAUGAUAUGAGAAGAGUGGAGAAAAAAGUCAAGGGGCAAGACGAGCUGAUUUCCCAUUUGAAGGACAUUAUUGUCACUACAAGGUGUUGUAUCAAUAGCAAUGGGAGUGGAUCGCAAAAUCAUUUCCCAAACCACCACAUGCACGGUGCUACUGGCAAUGCAACUAAUAGAUGUCAUGCCCUGAGUGAGAAUGGUGGGCCAUUGCCAUGUCCAAAUACCGGAGACACAAAUGGAAAUAGUGAUGAGAGUUUUGGCAUGGCUUGGGCACAACAAGCUCUCAACGUUGACUAUGACAUUUUCGAGCCAAAGCAAACCAUGUUGCGUGAAGGUGGCUAUGUUGCUUGUUCAUCACAUCAAAAUGGGGACAUCAUGCCUCUUCCAAUCCAGGGUGUUCCGGUGAUAACUGAUGAAGUGGUCAUAGAGGAUGGCCCAGCAAUACUGAAUGAUACACCAAAACGAAAAGCAAUGUCAACAUGCAGUCAAACCCCAGGUUCCGAUGCAAAGUGUAAAAAGGGGCGUAAUGUCCAAUCUGUUUGUCUCUUUAGCCGGGGGCGGUUCAAAGUAUUCAACUCGAAAACCGAGCGAACAAAGUUUUCAUCUUAUAUCAUGGAUGGCAUUGCUAAGAGACUUAGAAACCUUAGUCAACAACCACCUUAGAAUUCACCUUGUCUUUUUUAUCGGGAUUAGAUCAUUACCAUGCUUGCACAUUUUUGUGAUUGAACAAAUACUCCCGUGUAAAAUAUUGAAUUGCAGUUACUGGGUCGCUCCUCAUAUAAGGCCUGCCUGUUUGAGGGUGUAGUUUUGUGUCUACAAUCCCAAGCUUGGACCUGAUUAGGUCCUAGUUUGGGUUUAGGCGUUGGAAAUAUUUUCAUUAGACCUGUAGUCAUAUUCAGGUUAGAUUAACAUACAGAAGUAUUGCAAGUCAAAGGUGUUACAAUCACUAUUCUGAUCUAAUAAAUAAAACAUAAAAAAUUGC